AGCAAUGAGGAGGAGGGCAUGAGAUAAAGCCUGGUAGCACAUUCUGAGACAGACAGACAUUCGAUUGACUGCUACUGUGCUAAAUUCAGGAUUGUCAUCCGCGUGAAUAUGACUCCUCCACGGAUAUUUGGAUUCUCUCUCCAUAGCAACAGAGCGUCGGGACCCAGCUGGGGAGUGUUUUAUCUAGCUCUGCUCUGCCGGCGAAUGGCAGAGCAGAGCACAGGGAGUUAGAGACAGAAUUAAAAAAACUUGCAUUCACUUCAGCUGUGUUACUGUGCGAUUGUCUCUCUUAGAUCAGCAGGCAGAUCGACACGCAUUCCUACGCAGAUACCAGAGACAAAUGGAGAGAUGCAACAAUUUCACUCUUCACUUGAUCUGCCUGAGACUGAAUCACCCCAGCGCGUAUCCUUUUGUGUCAGAGACCCAUGUGUCCUCCUCAAUCAAUCCCCCAAGAUCGACUGUGGGUUAACCCGGCGGACAGAGCCCCCUCCUCAGCCUCCCUCUCCCUGUCUGUGCCUCUAAUGUUGCUCUGUUCCUGCUUUGCCAGUUUCUAUUUACCCCAGCUAUUUACCCCAGCUAAGCAACCUUCCUCUUUCUGCAAAGCUCUCACCCUCCCUACCCUAGCUUCUUCAAAGCCAGCAGCUUGCUAUUCUCUCCAGGCUGCUUGCUACAUGAUCUCUUGGAAAACAGCGCUCAACGCUGCUCUCUCGCUGCUCGAUGCCGGAGCUCUCUCAGAUUUUCAUCUCAGAGGGAUUGUCAAGAUGCUCCUGCAGAGGGAUUGAUCCCCCCUAUUCCCCUCUAGUUCUCCCCUUCCCCUCCCCUUUCCUAAUCUCCUGACCUCUGACCCUCACGCCCCCUUCUCUUUCCCGACACCCCUUCCCAUUCUUCCUCACCCCAAGCCUCCACUCCUCCUCUCUGCGCUUACCCUGUUGACCAUGUUGCCAUGUGUCCUCUGGCUCCAGCCUCUCCUCGUCUUGCUGUCCUCUGUCUUACGGGCUCAGGGGGAAAACUGCCCAUCGAGCUGCCUGUGCCCGGAUCCCCACACUGUGGACUGCAGCGGCCGUGGACUCACCCGUCUUCCUGAUGAGAUCCCCUUGGACGUCCGCAGGCUCCUUCUGUCUGACAACUGGAUCCCCCGCAUUCCCUCUGACUUCCUAGUGCUCUACAGUGACCUGGUCUACCUGGACCUGCGGAACAACUCUCUGUCCCACAUCGAGCCGGGCACCCUCAGCACUUCUUCCAGGCUGGUGUUUCUGGACUUGGGCAGCAACAACCUGACUGACAUCCCCUCGGGCACCUUUGGGCAGUCCCGUAGCCUGAUCAAACUCCGCCUGGGUAACAACCCCUAUCUGAGCAUGGUCAACGAGGACGCGUUCCUGGGUCUCACCUCGCUGCGUGAACUGGAGCUGGAGCGUAAUGCCCUGUCUGGCCUUCAGGUGGGGGCGCUGAGCCAGUUGCCCUCUUUACGGGUGGUGAGGCUGGAGGGCAACCCUUGGGUGUGCAAUUGCAACUUUGCCAACCUGUUUGCAUGGCUGGAGGAAAACAUUCACAAGCUUCCAAAUGGAGUGGAGGGCAUAGAGUGUUCACUACCCAUGGACGGCAGACAGGUGUCCCUGAGCCAGCUCUCACAGGACAGCUUCCGGGAGUGCCAGAUCACCCUUACCUUAACAGACUUACUUAUCAUCAUCUUCUCCGGCAUCUCUGUGUCCGUAGUGGCCAUCAUGACCAGCUUUUUCCUGGCCUCCAUUGUCCACUGUUUCCAGCGCACAAGCAAAACCUCUAAGGGAGAUGAGGAGGAGAGUGAGGAGUGAGACUGACUGUGUCCCAGAGCACGCCUGAACUGACACUUCAUCUGGCUCAACCGUGAGACCAGGCUGCUGCCCAACAACAACUUGCCGCCUCACAGUGGUGGAGAACUGGGAGAGGGAUAGACUGUUUUAGUGGCACAUUUUGCAGUGGAUUGUGGGGUUUUAUAAAAGCCCUGAUACUGCAGGAGAUAUUGUUCUCUCUAGUUGUGAAAAAUAUAUAAACAUGUCCCAGUAUGAAUUAUAGUCAGAGACAGAAUAUACAAUGCUCUCUGUCUGUGCUGUUGACAGUAUACACUCUUAGAAAUAGAAAAGUCUGGAAUAACUUUUUGGGGUUCUAAAAAUUGCCACAGAGGGGGAACCUUUCCAGUUCAAAAAGGUUCCUUGAGGAACAAGGAAACAUUAAAGGUUCCUCCAAGAACGUCUCAACUAACCAAAGGUGCAAAUAUGCACCAUUGACCGUCAAUGGUUUCUUGAGGAACUCCAAGCGUUCCUUGGAGAUCCUUGGGUUAUCUCCAGGGUUACUCAAGUCUCCACUAAUUCCAAGAGUGUACUGUGGUUGCUCUUUGAAAACAUACUGUAUAGCUCUGUUAUACACACAAAUUCAUUGGUGGCUGAUGAUUCCAUAGGAACACCAAGAUGUAGAAAAAAUAUCAAUACAAUGUUUAGAAAGAAUUGCAUGCUUUGCAGUUAGCUUUUCAGUGCCCAGACUCAAACAAAGACAUGCAUUUUUUGACGAAACAUCUCCAAUCAACAGUGGAUGAACAGAAGAGAAAAGCAAAUAAUACAGACUUUACAGGAAAACUAUUUACAUUUUAGGUUUGACAUUUUGACAUCUUAAAGAUGUUUAUACAGAGUCAUCAAACUGUGAAUCAUUGUGAAAUGUAUUAACAACGCUAGCUAUAAGUAGCAGCAGGCUCUUAAAGCCCAAAAUGAAUGCACUGAGCAAGUGAAAACGUUUGGAGGAGGAUACUGUAUGUGUCAUAUUGAACCAGGGCCUUAGUACUUAGACUGCCAGCCAUGUAAAACACAUGAUACACUAUAUGGAGUGUCCUCCCUUCUCAAGGAGGUUUUCAACAUGUUUUAUUCUGAGAUUGCUUCACAAGUUAGCUAGCGUUCUACAAAAAUGGCUUUGCUGUUGCAGCAUGCAAUAGUGAUUCAGGGCAGCAGCCUGAGUAAGAGGGGUGUGCUGUGAUGGACAAUAUAAUGAAUCUGACACAUGCAGAUCGACUCCGAAGUAAAGGUCUACAUGUAACGCUCGUCGUUGGAAUGAGGUGAGGACCAAAGCGCAGCGUGGUAAGUGUUCAUCAUUAUAUUUAUUAAACAUAGAACACUAAACAAAAUAUCAAAGGAGAACGAAACGCAACAGUUCUGUAAGGUGACAUCCACUACACAGAAAAUAAUCACCCACAAAACACAAUGAAAAACAGGCUACCUAAAUAUGGCUCCCAAUCAAAGACAACCACUGACACCUGCCUCUGAUUGAGAACCAUACUAGGCCAAACACAUAGAAAAGGACAAUAGAACAAAACAUAGACAAAACAACAUAGAAUGCCCACCCCAACUCACGCCCUGACCAAACUUAAAUAAAGACAUAACAAAGGAACUAAGGUCUGAACGUGACACUACAAAUGGUUGUAUAUACAGUAUAUAUCCACAAAUGCCUGUGUCGAUGGAAAUAUAGUAAGCAAAAUGUUAGACAAAGAGGAUAAAUGUUCCCUAGAUUGAGAUUGUGAAUUGUGUAAAAUUCCAUGCAUAUAUUCUCAUAAACAAUGAGAAUUAAAUAGGAUUGAUGUGUCAAAUACUGCACUUUAAAUGGUGACCAUUGUACCUGAUUUUGGCCCAUAACUUCACAGAGUGGACUAGUGUUACCUAUAUCUGCCAAAGAUUAGGUGUAGAGGAAAUUGGUAUUAGGAACUUCCAUGUGGAUUAUGUUGUGUACAGUGUAGUAGAGUUGGUCUUUAAAUGGAUUCUGCAGUAUAACCAAAUUACAUUUUAUCAAUGUAAUUGUAAAAUCACUUAUAUAUGGUCUCCAUGCAGAUUGCAAAUUGCCUCAAACCUUGGAUAGCUUGCUUAUUCAAAAUGAUCAUUCCAGCUAUUGGUGUUCCCUCAAAUGCCAAGAAAAAUUACAUUAUAUACAGUACCAGUAAAAAGUUUGGACCCAUGUACUCAUUCAAGGGUUUUUCUUUAUUUUUACUAUUUUCUACACUGUAGAAUAAUAGGGAAGACAUCAAAACUAUGAAAUAACAUAUGGAAUCAUGUUGUAACCAAAAAAGUGUUUAACAAAUCAAAACAUAUUUAUAUUUGAGAUUCUUCAAAGUAGCCAACCUUUGCCUUUGACAGCUUUGCAUACUCUUGGCAUUCUCUCAACCAGCUUCAGGAGGAAUGCUUUUCCAACAGUAUUGAAGGAGUUCCAACAUAUGCUGAGCACUUGUUGGCUGCUUUUCCUACACUCAUCCCAAACCAUCUCAAUUGGUUCGAGGACGGGUGAUUGUGGAGGCCUGAUGCAGCACUCCAUCACUCUCCUUCUUGGUCAAAUAUCCCUUACACAGCCUGGAGGGGUCUUUUGGUUCAUUGUCCUGUUGAAAAACAAAUGAUAGUAACACUAUGCGUAAACCAGAUGGGAUGGCGUAUUGCUGCAGAAUGCUGUGGUAGCCAUAAUUGGUUAAGUGUGUCUUUAAUUCUAAAUAAAACAGAGUGUCACCAGCAAAGCACACCCACACCAUCACACCUCCUCCUCCAUGCUUCAUGGUGGGAAUUACACAUGCGGAGAUCAUCCGUUCACCUACUCUGCAUCUCACAAAGAUAUGGCGGUUCAAACCAAAAAUCUCAAAUUUGGACUCAUCAGACCAAAGGACAGACCGGUCUAAUGUACAUUGCUCGUGUUUCUUGGCCCAAGCAAGUCUCUUCUUCUUAUUGGUGUCCUUUAGUAGUGGUUUCUUUGCAGCAAAUCAACCAUGAAGGCCUGAUUCACACAGUGUCUGUUACUUGAACUCUGUGAAGCAUUUAUUUGGGCUGCAAUUGUCAUGGUUCAACUUGUCAACAGAGGGCAGCAGAGACCAUCCUAGAGACAAUUUUGCCACUUCGGUGCGCUUUUUUACUCAUUAUGAUUUCCCCUUUAAAAGAGGUGUGUUUUCCGUUCCUCUUGACAGAAGAUUGAAUUGUUUACCAUGUGCUUUUGUUUCCUGAGUGAGUUUUCGAGACAUAGUAUUUGUUUUUUUUCUCCCAGUGUACUGUGAUCCUGUGGCUACUGUUUCUCAGUAAAGUAUUUAUGUUUAUCUUUAAUCACUGAUUCCUUGUCUGGUCUCUUCUCUGCACCUGGGUCCAACCUCUGUUAACUCUAAUGAACUUGUCCUCCGCAGCAGAGGUAACUCUGGGUCUUCUUUUCCUGUGGCGGUUCUCAUGAGAGCCAGUUUCAUCAUAGCGCCUGAAGGUUUUUGCGACUGCACUGGAAGAAACUUUUAAAGUUCUUAAUUUUCCAGAUUGACUGACGUUCAUGUCUUAAAGUAAUGAUGGGCUGUUGUUUCUCUUUCCCUUUUUGAGCUGUUCUUGCCAUACUAUGGACUUUGCCUUUUACCAAACAGUUUAUCUUCUGUGUACCACCCCUACUUUGUCACAACACAACUGAUUGGCUCAAACACAUUAAGAAAGAAAGAAAUCCAGCAAAUGAACUUAUAACAAGGCACACCUGUAAAUUGAAAUGCAUUCCAGGUGACUACCUCAUGAAGCUAGUUGAGAGAAUGUCAAGAGGGUGCAAAGCUGUCAUCAAGGCAAAGGGUGGCUACUUUGAAGAAUCUGUUUAACACUUUUGUUGGUUACUACAUAAUUCCAUAAGUGUUAUUUCAAAGGUUUACUGUCUUCAGUAUUAUUUUAUAAUGUAGAAAAUAGUAAAAAUGAAGAAAAACCCUUGAAUCAGUAGAUGUGUCCAUACCUUUGACUGGUACUAAUAUACACUACCGUUCAAAAGUUUGGGGUCACUUUGAAAUGUCCUUGUUUUUGAAAGAAAAGCAAUUUUCUGGUCCGAUAAAAUAACAUCAAAUUGAUCAGAAAUACAGCGUAGACAUUGUUAAUGUUGUAAAUGACUAUUGUAGCUGGAAACAGCAUAUUUUUUAUGGAAUAUCUACAUAUCUACAUUAUCAGCAACCAUCACUCCUGUGAUCCAAUGGCACGUUAUAUUAGCUAAUCCAAGUUUGUCAUUUUAAAAGGCUAAUUGAUCAUUAGAAAACCCAUUUGCAAUUAUGUUAGCACAGCUGAAAACUGUUGUUCUGAUUAAAGAAGCAAUAAAACUGGCCUUCUUUAUACUAGUUGAGUAUCUGGAGCAUCAGCAUUUGUGGGUUCGAUUACAGGCUCAAAAAGGACAGAAACAAAGGACUUUCUUCUGAAACUUGUUAGUCUAUUCUUGUGCUGAGAAAUUAAGGCUAUUCCAUGUGAGAAAUUGCCAAGAAACUGAAGAUCUGGUAAACGUGGUGUAUUACUCCCUUCAAAGAACAGCGCAAACCGGCUCUAAUCAGAAUAGAAAGAGGAGUGGGAGGCCCCGGUGCACAACUAAGUAAGAGGACAAGGAGAUUACAGUGUCUAGUUUGAGAAACAGACAACUCAAAGGUCCUCAACUGGCAGCUUCAUUAAAUAGUACCCGCAAAACACCAGUCUCAACAUCAACAGUGAAGAGGUGACUACGGGAUGCUGGCCAUCUUUCUGAAACAUUACAUUUACAUAAGUAUUCAGACCCUUUACUCAGUACUUUGUUGAAGCUAUUUUGGCAGCAAUUACAGCCUGAAGUCUUCUUGGGUAUGAGACUACAAGCUUGGCACACCUGUAUAUGGGGAGUUUCUCCCAUUCUUCUCCGCAGAUCCUCUCAAGCUUUGUCUGGUUGGAUGGGGAGUGAUGCUGUACAGCUAUUUCAGGUCUCACCAGAGAUGGUUGAUCAGGUUCAAGUCCGUGCUCUGGCUGGGCCACUCAAGGAUAUUCAAGGAGACUUGUCCCGAAGCCACUCCUGCAUUGUCUUGGCUGUGUGCUUAGGGUCGUUGUCCUGUUGGAAGGUGAACCUUCACCCCAGUCUGAUAUCCUGAGCGAGCUGGAGCAAGUUUUCAUCAAUAUCUCUCUGUACUUUGCUCUGUUCAUCUUCCCCUCGAUCAUGACUAGUCUCCCAGUCCCUACCUAUGAAAAACGUCCCCACAGCAUGAUGCCGCCACCAACAUGCUUCACUGUAGGGAUGUUACCAUGUUUCCUCCAGACGUGACUCUUGGCAUUCAGGCCAGUGUUUAAUCUUGGUUUAAUCAGACCAGAGAAUUUUGUUUCUCAUGUUCUGAGAGUCCUUUAGAGGGCUUUUAGCAAACUCCAAGUAUGCUGUCAUGUGUCUUUUACUGAGGAGUGGCUUCCGUCUGGCCACUCUACCAUAAAGACCUGAUUGGUGGAGUGCUGCAGAGAUGGUUGUCCUUCUAGAAGUUUCUCCCAUCUCCACAGAGGAACUCAGUCAGAGUGACCAUCGGGUUCUUGGUCACCUCCCUGACCAAGACCAUUCUUCCCUGAUUGCUCAGUUUGGCCGGAAGAGCUCUAGGUAGGAAGAGUCUUUGUGGUUCCAAAUUUCUUCCAUUUAAGAAUGAGAGAGGCCACUGUGUUUUUGGGGACCUUCAAUGCUGUAUACUUUUUUUGAUACCAUUCCCCAGAUCUGUGCCUCGACACAAUCCUGUCUCUGAGCUCUACAGACAAUUCCUUCGACCUAAUGGCUUGGUUUUUGCUCUGACAUGCUCUGUCAACUGUGGGACCUUAUAUAGACAGGUGUGUGACUUUCCAAAUCCAGUCCAAUCAAUUGAAUUUACUACAGGUGGACUCCAAUCAAGUUGUAGAAAAAUCUCAAGGAUGAUCAAUGGAAACAGGAUGCACCUGAACUCAAUUUCGAGAGUCAUAGCAAAGAGUCUGAAUUCUUAUGUACCGGUCAAAAGUUUAGACACACGUACUCAUUCCAGGGUUUGUCUUUAUAUUUACUAUUUUCCACAUUGUAGAAUAAUAGUGAAGACAUCAAAACUAUCAAAUAACACAUAUGGAAUCAUGUAGUAAGCAAAAUAAUUGUUAAACAAGUCAAAAUAUAUUUUUGAUUUUAGAUUAUUCAAAGUAGCCACCCUUUGACUGGAUAACAGCUUUGCACACUGAUUGGAAUCAAUGUGCCCCAUACAGUUUAAGCACAGAGAAGUCAUAUAAAAUAUACACUUAAGAGCUCUCAGAUACCGCCUUUGGUUGUUGAUUAUGUACUGAAUAUGUAUUUAUUUUUUCAAUGGGAUAGGUUGAUCAGUAGAAUAUAUUCUAGGAAGAUUCUAGUUCAUAUUACAGCCCUUAGAUGAUAGUUUUUCAUCCUCUGAAUAUGAUGUCUCCUAUCAUUAGUGUUGGUUGCCAAGGACUGCAGGGAAGAUGAAGUUCAUACAUUUUUUGGGCAACACUGCAUAGGAUAGACAGCUACAUGAAUUGCUUAUUAUAGUUUGUUUCUGAUAACCUGGUAUAUGUCCAUCACACGCCGUGUAGCAUAACAUAGAUAUGUGUUACCAAUAUGUCUGUUUAGGAAGUUUCCUAUGAACAUAGCCUGGUGUAUGAAGUACCGAUAAUAGCAAUCUGUUAAUUGUCAAGCAUGUUUGUCAUUCAUCACAUUCAAUAUAAAGGCAAUUAAUUAUCCUGACUAAUCAUCCACCACCACCACAGUGGGCAAUGUGAAAGGUAUUGCUUUUUUACCAUGAAUAAGUAACAAUGUGCAAUACCAGAUAUAUCUUACAUGAAUCCUUAGAAUAUUGGAAGUUGAGGUCCUAAGAGCCACAGAAAUACACCUUGUAAGUACAGCAGAUUUCUUCUAACUACUAUGUAGUUACAGUGAAAUUCAUAACAAAUAUUUUUGUUAGCUUGGAGCAAUUUUCAGCAUGUCGUUUAUUUAAUUAUUUUGAUUAUUUGUAAGUUAAUGAAUUUAUUAUUAGAUACAAACAAAGAAGCAUGUAACCCUAGUUUUCAAUUCUGCUUUCCAGAUUCAUAUGUAUAUUUUUAUAUUAAAGUUUAUGGGAUGCAACUCUACUGUGUUUUCACAUAUCACAUGGGAGGUCUCCUGGCUGUCUGUGCCAGUUCACCUUAACAAUGGUUUUAUAACCUUGAAGAACAUGUCAUCAAUGGAUACUCUCCUAUGUGUUUGUCUCGACAUAAAAUGAGAUGUCACUCCACUUAAUGUUGAAAAAGUUGAGGGUUCAAGGCUGUUUAAACCAUUUGCAUGUUUGCAAACAUUUGAAAGGUGUGAGUUGUGUGAAUCCAUGUCAUAAAGAUUGUAUCAUUGGUUUGUCAGUGUCAAAACUGUCAAAACCAUACGAGAGAAAAUCAGUUAGGCUUCUUCUGUAUUUGUAAUGUUACCAGACCUGUAAGCCUUCACACGUAAGGGCAUACUAUUUUGAUCAUGUCAUUACAUUUUUCUCUCAGGCUGUGUAAUCUUGUGUUAUGUACAUAAAUCAUUCGCAUUUGCAUGAACUGGACAUCAUCUUAUUCUUUUACAUGCAUCAAUACAUUGUUACCUGGUAAUUAGUCACUCCUCAAAUGGCAUAUGCAGUAAAAUGUGUAAUACAGCUGUACAUCUGAUGGUAGGCUAUAUGCAAUCGGAAUGUUUCAGUUGGCAGCAUUUAGGAAAAUUAUGUUCUCAGAAUAUUUUGUUUGCUAAAUUGCAAUUCCAACAGCAAAAGCUAUGAACGUCAUUGUCAAAGCAGGAUGUAUAAUGUACAUGUGUGUGUCAAUGUUUAGUAAAAGAAAAACACUUGAGAAAGUGCAUUUUUGAAAUAA